UUAAGGACAUAUAUAUCAUUUUUUUAUUAUUGUAGCCAGUAUGGGAAAACACGAAGAGAAGAAUACUCCGGAUAGUGAAGCUACUGGCGAUAAAAAGAAACGCCGUUCGGCAGAUAAAGAAAGCGAGGCUUCUAAAAAGAAGCCAAAGAAAUCGGUAGAAAACGAAAAGGCCAAAGAUAAAACUAGCAAGAAAAAUGUUGAUAAACGCAACAGUAAAGAAGUUAAAAAGGAGGGUCCGAAAGACAAGGGCAAGAAGAAGGUGUCAAAGUCUCUUUCGGACAUAAAGCCUGAAGCUGCACCAUCUAUAUUCGCUAAGCUAGGCCAGAAGCAUGUUACUCCCCCUAAGGGGGACGGUACACGUGGAUUCUACGAGAGUUUAUUAGAGGCGCACCCCAAUAGUGUCUUGGCCGUUGUAUAUUGUGUUGAAUACGGCCUUUUUGGUGGCCAGAAACACCAUGAACUUUACGAGCGUUAUCAGGAGAUGCGUCAACAAGGCCUUCUCAAAGGAGCUGCCGGUGGUGUAAGGCCGGCGGCUAUACAGGUUUUGCAGAAAAUGAAUCGCAAAUCUGCAAAAAAGUCGCGAGAUAAAGGGGAUUAACAUCGCAUAUAAUAUCUAGUCACUAUAUUU